AGUACAACUAAUAAGUCUCCCACCAUUUCGUUCAUUGAAAAAUGCUAACACAUGAUGAACGUUAGUACGGACCAUCUAACCUUUUACUCAAUAAGCUUCUUUCCUUCUAUAAAUUGGAGCAUCAGCUUCCUAUAUAAUAUUUCUCAUGUAACACACCAAAACCAACCAAACAUGACGACGGCGACGACUUUCCUUCAUCGUCGUCAUCCUCUCCCGUCCAUUUCCCUCAUCAUAACCAUCUUCUUGUCGUCCUUCCUCCCCUGGACCACCCUCUCAUCAAGACCAUUCCCGUCCCAGCCGGUGCUCGGCACGGACGGGAAGGAGCUAAAACUCGGCGAGCCCUACUACGUCUUCUCCACCCUCCUACCGAACCCGCAAGGGCUGUGCCUUGUGGACAACGCCGCCUGCCCGGACGACGUCGUCCAGUGCCCCUCCUUCUACGCCGGUGACCUCCUCGGGCUGCCCGUCACCUUCUCCACCAUCAGCCCGAGCGAGGACCCCGUCGUGCGGGAGGACACCCCCUACCACAUCCAGUUCCCCCCUCUCCCUGGGGGGAACUGCAGUGACGACACCGGGAACCUCUGGUACGUCAAAGACGACCCAGACACUCCGAACAAGGAGUUUGUCGCGAUCGGCCCGGAGAGCCUCGCGGUGGAGUUUAGGAUCCAGAGGGUGUUGGUGGGGUACAAGAUUGUGUACUGCGUGUUGAUUCCGAUUCCGCCCACUCCCGUUUGCUAUGGGAUCGGGUUGAUAUGGGAGAACGGGUAUAACCGUUUGGGUAUUGGGUUGGGUGUAAACUUGACCCAGUUUUUCUUUACCAAUAACGUGACUCAUCAUCGUCGUCAUCAUCUUGGUGCUCGAUCCGACCCGGUGGACAUUAAGCUCGCCAGCCAUGAGCUCCUAGCUAGCUGAUUCAGCGACGACAUAAAAUAAUACUUUGUGGAGUGUAUUGAUUUGAAAUUAAUUCGUGUUGUUACAUAGAUGGAGGGCAUGCAUGUAAUAAUAAUUUGUGUGUUUAAUUAGUGUGCUCACACCUUUAUCCCUAUAAUGGUUUCUCAUUGUUGCUUAACUAGCUUAAGCAUUUGCUUUGGAAAGUUUUUUGGAUUUGGAAUCUAUGUCACUAGUACCUAUUUGGGCUUUUACAUGUUUAUUUUGGAUUAAUUGCAUCACUUUUUGUUCGAUGCUAAUGCUCACG